AUGGCUUCACCGAAAUGGAACGCACUGAUGACUGAAGGCCUUGAGCUGCUUGAACAGCUGAAGCGCAGUUUUUUGGAGCUGCCGGAAGAUUGCCAGAUGCGCAACCCUGCUCAGCUGCGGAACGGACUUUGCGUUGACAGUUGGCUAGGCCUCUUGGAGCACGUUCUGCAGCAGGGAGCGCCAGAGGUUGUGCCUAGCGGAGCGCGUUUUGCACUGGACGUCUAUGGCCUGGAAUCGACUCUGGAAAUGGAGGGAGAGGCUGUCCAAGUGCAUUGCAUCGCGACAGAACCCACGUUCUUUGGGAAUUAUGCGCCUCCAGACGACCUGGAUGGACAGAUCAUUGACCUGGUUGCCACGCGGUGUCCCAGCUCAGCCCGGUUGCAGCUGAAGCCGCAAGGGCUGAGUUUCGCACGAGACUUGGCGCGACACGCGGAGGUGAGAGCCUGGCAACAGAAGAUUGGCGAUACCUGUACCGUGAACUCUCUGGGGUUGGUGCCAGAAGAUAUUGCCAAUCUGAAUUUCACACCUGGUGUGGAAGUCAAUUUAGCAUUACCAGGAGGAGGCGAAGUGCGGAAGAGUCCGCAGCAAAAGGUGGUGCUCUCUGACCAUUUGCCUAUCGCUUUCACAGUGCAGUGGGAAGAUGGAGAGAAGCAACACCAGCUCUUCUGCACGUCCAUGAAUAUGCUUGCUCAAAGGUAUUUGGACUUCAAUUUCUGGAAUGCUUGCCCCCAUGAGGACUUGGAGGGGCUUUGGCAGAUGGCCUCCAGGCUCCGCGCUACAGCAGACAGGAAGACGAAGUGGUUGCCGCAGGAGUAUAGCAACUUAGGCCGAACUCCGGGCCUGUCUGACGAAGAUUUAGCAGUGGCAAGUGACAGCCCUCUCAUCAACUGGGAGCGCGUCAACCGCUGGCUGUGGCGAUGGAUAGCACGAGUACAGCGGGAGGCAUCCAAAGCUCAAGUGGCAGGCAACUCUAUGGCGCCAGAUGCUGUGCGCCAGGGCGUUUUCGUCCAGCUCUUGAUGUCAUUGGAAGACUCAGAACGUCCAGACCUAUUGCUGCUGCAAGAAUUUGGUUUGGAAGAGCUUGGCCCAGAUGACCUCCAACAUCUUCAGGAGUGUUUGGCAAAACAGCGGCCGAUGCUCCGUCCUCUUUUGGAGUGCUACGAGCUAGUGAAUUUAUCCCCAAAGCUUGAAGUACGACGAGCUUGGAAAUGCAGUUUCAGUGACACAGGCCUGUUGCUGGCCAAGAAGAGCCUUUUGGACAAGUACCAGUUUUCCCCUUUGAAUUGCGCAGCGAAGGGCCAGAGAUGUGAGCUGCAGCAGAUCUACACAGCAAACAGCGGGAAGCCUAUCGUUGGCGCUCAGCUGCAAGAUCUGCAAGGCCGACCCUUGGCCAAUCUCUUUGGAGUGCACGCGGAAAAAUCCAAAACAGAGGAGGUCCUGAAAGGGCUCUUCAGAUUUGCUGCUUCCAUUGCAGACGUGCCCACAUUGGUGGUGGGAGAUUUCAAUGCUGUGCUGAGAGCACCGAGUCAGUCAGUUUGUUGGGGAUACUUUGGCACAGCCCCCGAAAAAGGAAAGGCAGAUGACGGAGGAAAAGGACAGCCAGCGCAGCCAAUGCAGCAAGGGAAAGGAAAGUCCAAGGGCAAGGAAGCCAAAGAGCCCUCCACACCUCCGACCCAGGCGACCCAGGCGCAGGCGACCCAGGGCUCUGGCUCUUUUGGAGAGAAGGCCCAACCUGCUGCAGUCGUGUCUGGGCGCAUGAAGAAUGUGGAGUUUCAAGCGAAAAAAGUGAUUCAAGAUUGGAACGCAUUGCCUGAGGACCAGAAGCCCCAGACAAUGCAACUGGUUCUUGACAGGAUAAUAGAAGCCCUUCCUCCUGAGCAGCAACGUUACGCCAUUGAUAAGUUAAUGGCUGCCGGAGCGCAGAAUGGUGGAGCGGAAGAAGCUGAGGUCGAGCAGAACGAGGAGCAGCAAGAGACAGAGCCAAUGGAAGAUGCGCCCAACGGAAAUCACGAGCCGAGCGCAGAAUACAAAGCCAUGGAUGAGUUCAUCACCAAAUGCGAGAGCAGCAGUCCAGAAGACUGGUCUAAGGCCUGGCAUGAGUUGCAGAUUCCUCGCCAAGCAGAGAAGGAAAUGCUCACUUUGCUGUUUGAGGUUGUGAUCAAUAAGGACGUGGCGAACAAGGAUGGUGGUUUUUUCGACUUCGUGCCUCGAAUCAUCACGAACUUAGUGAAAGCACGACUGGUCUUCAGCAAGAACGUGGAAUUGGCUUUGAAGGAGAUCAGCAGACGGAUGGAGGAGCUCGCCCAGGUGAAUGAUCAGGCUUGGCAUUUGCUUAGCUACAUGAUGCUGUAUUUCCAUCCCAAAGGCCGAGGAACAGAUUGGGGGUUCGUUUUCAUGCCCUGGACAUGGGAACUCUGGUGGAAACAGACGAAGGAGGUUCUGGGCGCUGCGCAAAAGUACCGCGCCUUCGACAUCCUCACAUUGCUUCUGCAGCUCAUGCAGGAAAAGAGCGAACAGGUGCUGAAAAGCCUCCCAGCCCAGGGCUCAUCAUGUGUGCAAGAAUAUUUGACAGACAUUUUGAGGAGGACAAGCAGGUGGUAUUUGACAAGCAUUUAG